AGCGUUCUGAUAUGCUGGGGUAAGGAUUCCAUUUUCCAUUCAGGCAGUUCGCGUUCUGCAACUCUGCCACCCAUUCAUCUGAUAUACCUCACCAACACCUUCCAACUACCGACAUAAAUUCACUUUUUCCGUCGUCCUCGUCGUCGUGUGUUCCUUCCUUCCUUCCUUCUUUGCAUAUUCUCGAAUGCGGUGAUUUUUUUUGCGGGGGAGCAGGAGAUGAUCAAUGGCAGCGUAUCUGUCGAUGGCCUCAUUCUUACCGACAAUUGGGAUCCCGCAUCUUCAGGCUAGACUCUCGCCUAUCUCCUCCUCAUCUUCGUCUUCGUCGUACGACAACGCAAACUAUAAAUCAAGUGACACGACAUCCGCUCCCUCUUUCUCGUCAUCAUCAUCUCAAACACAAAGAAACGCGAAGGAUUCAGGAUCAAUCGCCAAGAUGUCCAUUUUCGCAUCCUCGCAAACCUCUGUACUACCACCUCCCGCAUACACCUCCUCCACCGCAGCAGCAGCAGCAGCAACCACCAAAACCUGGUUCGGAUACCUCGUCGCAUCAUCAACCUCGUCCCUCCCUCCACCACCCUCACCUCCCGCUCCCUUACCAGAAUCCUCACCACCAACCUACAAACCUCCCGGACCAGGACCAGGAACAGCACCACCCACAAUCACCACCCACCCCGCCGCCUCAACCUCCACCCUCUCCCUCUCCACAAUCUCCACCCAACCCUCUCACGAGGACCUCCCCCGCUACGAACCAAUCCAAGUCCCCAAACCUGUUCUCUCCCCAUCCACCUCAUCAACGCGUCCACCGACUCGCGCCGGCAAUGGAAACGCAAACGCAAAUCCGGCGGCUGCUAAACCAACGUGGCGCCACCCGUACGUAGAGACGGACGACGAUCCGUGGGAGGAGUACGAGAUGCGGGCGCGGGCGGAGAGGGAGCGGAGCGAGGAGGGGGCGGGCGGGGAUUGGUGCUGUGGGUGUUUUUGGGUGGGGCCGGCGCAGAGUUGGCAGGGGUAUUAUAUUUUUUGA